AGAAUGCGAACAGAGUUUAACUGUCCUGUAAUAUCCGGUAAACCCAAGGUAGCCUUCAGAGAAACAAUAAGCGGAAAGGCCACGUAAGUGAUCAACAUCUAAUUUCUCUUAACUUUUUCAUAACAAUUUCCAGCAGAGGGUUUAUGAGAAUAGCAGGUUUAAUGUUAAAAACUGAGUUGAAAGCGUAAAUUUACCACCGUAAAGAGUAAAAGAGAUGACAUUUCGAGCGUUCGCCCUUCGUUAGAGCAAUUGAUUUAUGAGAAUGUUGACACUUAGCAGUUGAAGAGAGUUAUUUCCAUGUAACACUAUAUUCUCUCAACUAAUUUGCUAGAAAACGUGAAGCAACAAGAAUGGAGAAUUUUUUAUUAGAUCGUAGUAACCAAAUGUCAAAUGGUUGAAUUUUAGGUUUGAGUAUCUUCAUAAAAAGCAAACAGGAGGAGCUGGUCAAUAUGGCCGAGUCAUCGGCAGAAUCGAGGUAUUUGACGGCAAAUUCUACUCGAUAACCUGGUAGAGCAGUUUCCAACUGGGUGUCAAAGGUGAUUUGGAAUUGCAGUAGUUUUGCUUUUGAACGCUCUAUGAUUGGUCAAAAAAAACUUGCAUCACUCUCAUAACCAAUCAGGUGAAAGAGUAUAUUUAAUCAUGACUUGACGGCGGUUUGCUAGUUGACUAUCAGCUCCCAGUGAUUUGUUACUUUGUUGUGAUAGGCCUACAGUGAUUAGGUUGUUUAAGGUUUGUGACACUCAGUUGAGAAGCAUUCUUUCAGUAUCCGUUUUUUUACAUACUUGUUUUUUGCAUGUCUGUGUGCUCUUUUGUUUUUGUAUCAGUUGAGAUGGACUCUUACAGUGUCUGGUUUUUAUAUGCUUUUUUUUUUGUUUGCUUAGUUUUGCAGUUUAGAAGCACUCUUACAGUCUUAUACUUGUUUUUUCGUUUGCUUUUAGCUUUUGUCUUUUUUUAUCUAGUUAAUUUUAUGUUAUUCAGAGUUCCUGAGUGAAGUUUCGGCGCCAUUCGUGAACCAACGUCUGUCUUGCGUUCACUUUUUGCUUCUUUUCUUUUGUCGUUGUUUUCCUUUGGUUUGCUUGGGUUGCUUUUCUUUUCUCUCUUCCAUCUGCAUUUCACUUUUCCUCUUCCUUCCAGCUGUCGCGCCCUUAUCCCUGAAAUAAAACAAUGACAAGAGCAGUGAAACUAAAACGUUGAAGAUCCCCCUAGAGAGACCCAUUAGACGUAUUGUAACCGGAGGGAAAAGGGGAAGCAUCAGAUUCCUAAUUUCUCCCAUGGCGUCUCGUCGUCGUUAUGAGGGAACCUAAUAGAAGGUCUAAUUGCUAUGGAACUUGUCUUCCCCGUUCCCACAAGGGUGUGUUGCGUAAAAAGAACGAUCCCCUCCUUCUAUUGGUAUGAAGAACCUAACCAGGCGAAACAUUUUUCCCCCUCUUAAUCUUUAGAUAUUCCUCAAUCCAUGAGUGGAGACAUGUUGAUUUCUUGUUCGUUGUUUUGCAGCCUAUGCCACAAGAAUUCCUCUGGGGAGCUCGAAUUUGUCGAUCGAAACUGUGGGCAUGAACAUCCCCAAAAGAAUUUUAUUCCUUCUAUAGAAAAGGUAACUGCAACUUGAAACUGUGCUUUUCAAUUGGAUGCGAUUUAUGAACAUAAAAAUUCGUUUCACGCACACAUCGAUAGGUUAAACUUGCUCAAACAUGUUUUUUUGGUAAAUGUUUACUUCUCAGGGUUUCCUUGGGGAAAUUUGCGAGCGUGGUCACAGGCAAGCUGCUGAAUUCGUUUGUCCUUGAAGAUGGUAAGUUUCCAAAUAAACGACAAUCAUCGCUCUCGUGGACGGGAAGCUGACACAAGUCAUUAAAUUUUUCCUAUCCACUACGUUUUUUGUUUUUUUGUUUUUCUUUGUUUUUUUUUAAUUUCAAAGACUACCAGAUCUUAUUAUUUAGAUCCCGUUCGCCAAUCCUCCUCAGAAAUGGGUUUCCUUGGUUUUGUUCCUUGCGCCCAAGAAAGCUAUGUUGUAGUUUAGCAAGGUAAUGUUUAUUCCUCAGCGUAACGGGCGAAAAGCGAUUGCGUGACUAUGAUCGAGUUUGUAUGCAAAUUCGUGCGAUAUCCCGCAGCUGUUCGUUCACGAGGGUUUUUACAAAAAUAUGAAAAGUUCAAACGUCGAUAUUCUAGCUACAGGCCAUUAAGAUGAACUAUUUUGUAUUUCGUGAAACGAUCACUUAGAUUAUUCUUCGUCUUAAAUAGUUUCGGUUUUGAUGCCUCAUUAAACAUGGGAUAGAACAUUACGCAAAGUUAUGUGCUGUUAAAUCCACAGUUUAAAUUUCACGCAAUUCCAACUUUGUGCUGAAUUUUACAGACAUCAGCAAAAAUGGAGACCUUUGGAGUCAAAUUUAAACCAACCUUACAUUUAAUUUUUGUCGGGGCAUUUAUGUUUGAGCAGACAAAAUGCCUGUUAAUUUCAAGUAAAAUUGUGUUCGAUAAGUGUUUACUUUUGACGGAUGUUUGUUCGUCUUAUCACGAACGUGGGAACAAGGAAAAAUGUCUGAGUCCCCACGAGGAAUCAAACCCCAGAUUCCGCGCUACGAUGCUCUACCACUGAGUCACAGAGACUCUACGGUGAGUUGGACAGUCCGACACGCGUUCUGCAUAUUCCAAGAUCAACAACAGCAAACUUACUUGAAAGUGAUAAGGUGAUAAAACAUCUCCACGUCUUCCUCGUCAUCGUGGUCUCCGUGUCCGUGGUCUCCGUGUUCGUGGUCUCCGUGUCCGUGGUCCUCGUGUUCGUGAUCUUCAGGGUCAUACUCAUCAUCUUCCUCGUCGUAUUUCCAUAUUCUCGUACCUAUGUAACGCACGUCGCAUUGAUCUCCAACCAGUGACUUUAACAUCUUUGCUGUCACAAAAUUAGACCCGUGUUUACAAAUCUCCACCAUAUGCCGGCCGUCUGGCUUAAGAAGCGACUGCAUUAAGCUCGUGUACUCCUUCAGUCGUGUUUUACCCAUCGCAUUGAUCACAGGCAUGGCGGACUGAUCCCAGAUGGCAUCGAACUUUCCUCCUGCUACCUCAAGAGAAAAAUUGAAGAUGUCACAAUGGUAGAGUGUAAUAUUCUGGCCUUUCGCCGUGUACACGUCUGCUUUCUUAUCAGCCGUGAUUUGCUUCUUCUGGACUGUAUACUCCAGCUUAGAAUCUCGGAAGAACGCUUUGAUGUAGCGAGGAGAAGCUUCUACACCUAUUAUCGCAUGACCUUGUUCUGCUAGCCAACGCAUAUCCGGCGUCUUGCCGCAAAGAGGCACAAAAAUAUGUAGAUUACUGCGACCUCCUGUGAGUUCAUUGACAUUUUUCAUCAAAAUAGGGUCCACCUUUUGCAAGUAGUCUGGUUCCUCGGGCUUCUUCGGUGCUUUCUGCUGAUUCUUGCCUCCUUUCUUACCAGCUUUGGUCGCCAUGCGGAUUUGUGUCGCUCUCCUUUCCCGUCAAUUUGCUUUCUUCUGUCCUCCUUGCUGGCCUUGCAAAGAAUGAUGGGAGAUGACGCGGGCGCACCUUUAUUGCACCACACAAACUUCUUGACGUCAUUUUCUUUUUGUGUGCCAUGACAUUAGUCGCUAUUUGAGUAAAACUGUUACAAUAUGCAAAGUGUGAAUAAUUUAAGCGAUGAAAGUUUCUGGAAGCGUUAUGCUCUCAGAUUCCGCAGAUCAUCUCUCGAACUUUUUCGUCGAGGGAAAAAUAGGAAGCUUUUCAGGUUUUUUAAACACGAAGAUAGCUUAAACGGAGCGCAAAUUUCCCUUAGUAAUUUCAAUGGUUUCUUUUUGAUACAAAACAUUAUGAACGACUACGAAGCAAGAUUUCGUGACAAUCCUCAGCCAGACUGUAUCUUUUUCGUGACAAGCUUAAAUUUUCUGCGCCUCGUUUGUCACACGGUAUUAUUGUUAUCACCUGCCUACCAUCAUAAAUAUUGGAAUGUUAUCUUUGUGCUUAGAUUUGAACCGAUGGCGUUAAUAAUAAAUCUGCUUCUCUUGGCCUGAAAGCCUUAAGAAAGUAACUGCUUAUUAUCGGCUGUCGACGAUGAAAACUUUAAAGGCAUCUCUUAUCUUUUUGCUCUUUACUGUGGUUUUAAAAUUCCUGACCCAAGAUUAUUAGAGUAUUACGAAGCCUGUUUGGGAUCAGAUAAAUUUUUAGCGUGACAUUCAAAAUCCUCUUUCCUCUUUUCCCCCCCCUCUCCCCCCCCUUCCUUAUGAGGUGAUAACUAAUGACCAGUCCGUAGGUUAUGAAUUAGCAUCCAAAUAUUGAGUAGCUUGAAAUAUUAAACUUUGAAUAAAUACUUUAGGAGCGGCUCACGGAGUGGAUUCCAGUGACCUCGCUUUCAGACUUGCAGCCAUGGGAGCCAUGAGAGAAGGUACGGGCACGUGACAUCUCGGAACGUAUCUUAUUGUUACUUGAAUCCCCAUUUCCCCGCGCUCAGUUAUAGCUGGGAACGUUUCACCGCGUGAGUCGCAUCCCAUAGCGCUUUUCAGGUGGGUAUCAUAACUUUACACUCUCUGUACAAUGCUGUACUGUGAUUUUCCGCGCUUUUUUCUGUCGUUAGCCUGUUUACCCACGCUUUCUUGGCGCACAGCAUUCUUUCCCACGCUUUUUUUUUUUUUUCGAUUUUCUUUUGCAGUUGAGUUCGUAUUUUUCGGCGCUUUCUUUUCCAGUGAGCUCUUUACAAUCUAACAUCAGUAAGCACAUUCUCCAUACUGUUCUAUACACAUUUUCUAAGGUGAUGACAAGGAGAAUUAAUUUAACAGUCAAGAGCUUCUUUAGUCGGUGAUCAUUUCCUUGAUUCUCAUGACCUUAGUGUUUGAUUCAGGGGUGAUAUUGUGAGGAGAAAUUAGAUGCUCAUCACUCUGUGGGGUCAAAAGGUUGAACAACAAACAAAUAAUCGGCUCCUUAUGAAAGAAAAGAAAAUCUUCUCACUCCAGGAAGUGAUUGGAAUGCCAAUUCUUCUGCGAUUUUUAUGUAGCUGUGCAGAAUAGAAAUGGGUUAGUAACAGUAACGGACGAAGAAGCGUGAGAUCAUGUUAACCCUUGAACCCCUAAGAGUGAUCAGCAUCUAAUUUCUUCUUACAAUAUCACCCUGAAUAUAACAUUAAGGUCACGAGAAUAAGGAAAAUGAUCACCAGCCAAAGAAGCUCUUGAUUGUUAAACAAAUUCUUCUUGACGACCCCUUAGGAAAUGUACAGAGAACAGAAUGGAGAAAGUGCAAACUGGUGUUAGGGUGUAAAGGGCUGAAGAGAGUGAAUCUUAGACCUUAAGAGUAAAUAACUUAAAGUUAGACGGUAAGUCUACAAGAAAACCUACAGCACUUCUGAUUGCAUGAUUGCCAAUCUUUUUUGUUCAUUUCGACAGCGUUUCCCAAUGCCUCUCCUCUGAUUCUGGAGCCAAUCAUGUCAGUGGAGGUGAAUAUUCCCCAAGAAUUCCAAGUAAGGCGCUUUCUGCUACUUUCCCUCUCCCCUCUGAUAUAUCUCUCUUGCUCCCUGCUUUUUAAUUUUCUACCCUUGUGAAAAAUUUUACGAAAUUAGUCGUGUCGUUUAGUCAUUUUAGCAAGUUAACACAAGAGACGCAGCGACAAAAGCAUUGAAACCUAUGGGCUUCGAACCGGCGAUGCGUGCGCACGAGAAUUCUGCUACUGGUCUGCGAUGGUUUCUCCAGACCCUUCACAGAUCCCUUGCACGUUCGCUAUGCUCUCGGGCCUAAAAAAAUCGCGGGCUGCCGUCCCUCUCAUGCCACUGUGUAAAUGAGAUCCUGCUCUCCAUAUUGGAAACCGUCCAAGUUCGUUCCAGUUUCAAAUAUACCUUUUUCCAGCUAACAAAAUAAAUACUUCAUACAGUGUUGAUUAAAUCAAGGUGACAAUUCAUGAGCGGUAAAUUUGCGUCACAAUCACGCCUCAACCUGUUAGAACCAAUAAGAGUCUGUACUCGAACUCAGUAACCAGAGCUCAUCCCGGUUUCCAUCGCAUGAAGCGACUUGUGAGUAUCACUACCCCCUGGAAGGGAUACCAGUCCAUCGUGAGGUUACCAACCCCUUUCUCCGAACAAGCAUUUUAUCAGCUAUCCCUAACAAUUCGUCGGUAUCCAUUUAUUCUCCUGGAUGGAGAGAAGCACUGUAAGAGUUAAGUGUUUUGCACAUGAACACAACACUAUGACCGGCCAGGUUAUGAACCUGGACAUCUCGACCCGAAGCACUAAGGCACUGUGUUUCCAAGUGGCACCAAUUAAGGCAACUGGGUUUUUUUCUUCCUCUACAGGGAGUGGUGAUUUCAGGCCUUAACCGUCGACACGGUGCAAUUACUGGCACAGAUGCGGCGGAAGGUUAUGUUACAAUUUAUGCCGAGGUAUUAAAACUUUCCACUUUAUUCUUGACACAUGCUGUCAAUUGAAAGCCAAUCAGUUAAAUACAAGACCGCGGUCAGACGUCGAGCAUGCGCAAAUGUAUCGACUGUGGCCGACCGCGCUCAAUUUCCUGCGCAAAUUUAAAAAUUCUAAUAUCUAAUGAACAACCGCUCUUAAGCAAAAUAUGCGGAAAAAAAAAUUUCGAAACAGCAACACAAUUUAGAAAGAGUAUAACUAGAGACGUUGCCAUCACUAAACGUAUCUAAUUGAGGGUAUCCUGUUGAUUUACAAUUUUGUGUGAAGCUUUAUCAAAAAACUUAUUCUCUUUUUCUAAACCAUGGGUUACUGACCAGUGUGGUUUAUUCAUAACUUAUGUGAGCAAUACGGUCCUGACAGUGUGAAAGCAUGCCUCUCAGUCUUUACAACAUUCGCACAUGCGCAGACAUUUGACAGCUUUGUUAUCAAGGAUUGAUUGAGUUAGACAUGUAUCUGUUGUUGUUCAAUUUUAUCCUUGGUUCAAAUUUUAUUUUCCCUUGUUUCAAACUCAUUAUCAUACAUUACAAUACCCAAAAACAAAAGAAAAGAAAAUUUGAACCAAGGAUAAAAUUGAAUCACAACAUAUACCAUUCCAGUGGCGUAUUCAGACCUUGAGCUAAGGGGGGAGGAGGGGGGGCGGUCUUUUGUUGCUUGCCCUGCCAGCUUUUCUUCCUUCAGCGAUUCUUUUUUUUUUUUUUUUUUUUUUUGACCCAAAAUUAAAAGUUCUCGGUGGGCAUUUCGCAAGAUCCGCAGAAUUCUGCACUUUUUAGAAAGAAAAUACCCGUCGAUUAUUAGAACUAAACCAAGGUCAUGACGCAGCUUUCCAAAAGUUCUCGGUGGCUGUGUUCGCAAAGUAUCCGAGCUAGCUUAGAUCACAGCCUUUGCUUGAGUCCUCUUUCAUGUAUGUAGGAAAUGCCCAAUGCCCACUUUCUCGAUGGUUCCUUAAUAAUGUUUUUCACUUCCAGGUUCCACUAAACGACAUGUUCGGUUACUCCACCGAUUUACGGUCGCAAACACAGGUACAGGAGUUUGUUUAGAGUCUAAUGUUUGCUGGUUGGUCUUCCUCUAUUUUAUUGCUCUGCGGAAAAGAAAGAAAAAACGGUAUAUAUUUAUUUAUGUUGUCGCCCAGAUGCAAACGCAGAUUAGGAUAAAGGAAGGUAUCGGGAUGUGAAGUAAUGUUACAUUUUAAGAUAUUUGUAAGUGGGAUAGAAAACAUGUGCGUUGAGGAUCAAUAUCAGUAUCUUGGCAACUGCCCACCUACUCCUCCCCUAACCCAACGACAGUCAAUUGAUGACAACUUAGGGUUAAUGUUGGGUUAGGGGAGGGGUAGGUGGGCAGUUGCCCAGAUACUGAUAUUGAUCCUGCGUUGAAAUACCCAUAUUCAAAAACAAGUUUGUGGUAAUUCCUUCACAGGCUGAAAAGACGGGGGGGGGGGGGGCUAAGGGGGUUGGAGGGUUUUGUUUGUUUGAUUAUAAAAUUUAUCUGAUCCCGUCAAAGGCUUUGUAACAUUCUUAUGAACUCUCCUCCCCCCUCCUCCCCCCGUCAUUUUUCUUUAGACUUCCCUCAUGUGACCAUGUGACACCCCAAGAAAAUCCUUUGUUUCUCCCCUUCUCGUUUCGGUGAUGAAUAUAAACUGGUCCUUGAAGAAAUGAAGUAAGAUACAAUGAUCUCAAAUUAUUAUAUUUCAAAUUUUCUAGGGAAAAGGUGAAUUCACAAUGGAAUACUGUAAAUACUUGCCCGCCUCACAACAAGUACAAGCGGAGCUGAUAGAAAAAUUUAACGUGGAGAGACUCAAGAAAGCCAAAAGAUAG